GGAGGGGAGGGGGUCAGAGAAUGGAAUGGAGGGGGAGCAGAUAAGAUCGUCAGUGCUCAAGGCAGAGACAGAGUGAGAGAGGGGACAGUGGUUGGAAUGUGAAUGUGAGCCAGUGAAGGAGUAAGAUUGAAGGCUUCUCUUUCUAGUUGAGGGGGUAACCUUGGUUUCCAGAGUGUGAGGUCAAGUAAUGGUGUUAUUGAGCAGAAUAAGAGGGUUCUUCCUGCGCUCCCGAGGCUGCGCUGCCACUGACCUGGUUUAAAUGCACCCACACACGACAUGGAAAGGUACGAGACCCUGGCGUACGACACAGCCUUGAGCACUCUGGUAGCGGUGCUGAUUUACGUGCUGGUGAAACUGAGCGUGGACGGAUACCGGCAUUGGAGAGCCCGGGCUCGGGUGCUGGUGGUGGGCUCGGGUCCGGUGGGACUGACGGCGGCUCUGAUCGCCGCCCGCUCCGGCAAGGUGCAGCGCUUGGUGCUGCUGGAGGAGCGCUGCCGUACCGCCCUCCUCGCCCGACCGCAGCAGAUCGCCCUGGACUCCCGCAGUGUCCGCUUUCUCCUCGGGCUCGGCGUGGACUUUGACAACAUGGAAGGGUGUUGGCACAACGAGCACUUCUUCACCAAGGUCGGGGUCUUCCAGGAGUACCUGCUCAGUCUGCUGGAGAAAAGGAAGCAGGAGCUGGACAUCCAGAUUCACCUGGGUACAAAGUUCACAGAAGAAUACUUGAAGAAGAUCCCAACUAGUGAAUUUCCUCGCGUGAUUGUAGUUUGCGAUGGUUCCUGUGGCGAGUCGAGUUCUGUACUAGGAAUCAGCUCGGAUUACAUUGUGGAAUCCUGCAAUGCCUAUGGUGCCAAUGCGGCCUUGGAAAGAGCAGAUCAGCGUCAGGUUCCCACUCCCGAGAUCCGUGCUCACAGUUUAUAUUUUGACCUUUCGGCCUACGGAGUGGAGUUUGCCUCUUCCAACAAGGAAGCACAGGGCUUGCAGUCCUCCGCUUUGAAGUCGGGCUCCCACCUGAAGAUUUAUGGCACUUUUCGGAACCGUUACAUGGCACUUGCUUGCCCAAUGUCUGACUCCAAGGUAGUCAAAUUCCUACGUCAUACACCUAACUCAUCGAUAAUGAAGAAUAUAUUUCAUCAAUCCUUCAAUGCGUACAAAACGGACAUUGAGCCCAGGGUGAACGACCUGACAAUUCACCUUCUACAGUGCAGCCGAAGAUUAUUUGAAAUCAUGCUGUCACACAGGAGGGUCACGGCAGCUUACAUUGAAGGAGAUAAUGUUGUAGUCACCAUAGAAGGUGAAGCAGCUAGAGUCUUAAACUUUGACACAGGUUGCGGCGUUAACCUUGGGCUGAAUGGCUUGGAGUCCUUGGAGGAAUUUAUUUACAAGAUAGCGACGGCAGUUGACCAAAACGAUGUCUUUGAAGCACUCUCUGGAAAAAUCCGACACUCUAAGCAGCUAGCAGAGGACUUUCGCCGGAAUGGCUUGACUGUGACCAUGUUUCAGUGAGACUAUAAGGGAUGGUGUGUCUGAGGUUUAGAGAGAUCUGAUGUGUCGAUGGCUCAGGAUAAUGAAUUGUGAACUCUGCCCUGUGGGGCCCACGAGUGACAGAUAAGUGUCUCUCCUCUGAUCGUUGGAGUAAAGUGGAGGUUUGACGGAAGUGUAUGGGUUACAUUCAUAGGCUUAACCUUAGGUAAACAUCACAAAGCCAAGAAAGUAGCUGUAGGAAGCCUAAAGAACUAUUCAUGCCCACGCUGUUACAUUAGGCCAUCGGUCAUAGUGGUUUAACUAAAUAUGAAAUUAGUCAUGGUUUACAUUAUAAUUCCACUUGCCAAUAAAAUGAAUAUCUCAAGACGUGGGGAUCAGUGCUUGGUUCAGUGAGAGCAACUCUUUGCAGAUCCACAAUUCAAAGUCUCUCACAAAGCUUAUUGAUUAAAUUGGUCAACAAUAAUACAAUAGCAGCCACAAGCCCUUGUGUAAUAGUCCAUCAACCCCGGGUCUUGCAGAUUGUUCAGAAGAGUUCUUGAAAUAUCAGUCAUCUAGUUCAAAUUUCUGUUGAGUAUCUAAAAAGAAAACAAAUUAAUUGAGUCUCAUGGAUCAUAAAUAAGAACAGUGUGGUGGUCAGACUGGAGAAAUGAGCAGCAUGGUUUUAUGAUGCAGACACUGGUUUGCAGGGUUACUCUAUUGGGGUACAUUAUGAGCUCAGUAGAUUCUAGGUAGUGUUCAUGAUCACCACAUGAAUAAAGGAAUUGCUUGCAGAUAUAAGGCAUUUUUUAUAACAUGGAGAUGCUGUGUAGUGCAACAAUCAUGCAUUGCAUCCCUGAGCACCUACAAUAUGUCAAAAAUUUCUGAGGAAAAAUGAUCUGAGCCAAAGCAAGUGUGAAAAUUGAUUCAAUCUUGGACAACUUGUAUUUUGGCGAGUAUAUUAUCUGUUGGCUUCUGUGUCGCAGGUAGAACUACCAGAAGAAAAUCCUUUCUUGAAGGGUCAUUUCAACAAAGGGCAGUAUCUGGAACACUAAUUUACUAAGAAUGCCAUACCACAUGGUAUAUCCUAGUUCUUAAAGCCAUUUUUGCACAUAUACACUGCAGAGAUUUCGUAUUUCCUCGUGACAUCGGAGGCCAAUCGUCCCACCAAAUCUAUGCUGGCUGUCAGCAAUUCCUUCAGUCCCAUUCCCUCACUUUAUUGCCCAGUUAUCCAUCCUUAUCUGGUCAUCGGCUUCUGCCACCCAUCUAUUCUGGGGACAAUUUACAGCAGCCAAUUAAUCUAUCAGAAAAUCUUUGGGAUGUGCGAAGAGCACCCAGAGGAAAUCCACCUAGUAACAGGAAGAACAUGCAAACUCCACACAAACAGUUAUAGAGGUCGUGAUUGACCAGGGUCGUUGGAGCCUUGAGGCAGCAGCUCUACCUGCUACACCACCGUAGAUAGGCACAGGGUUUGAGAGGGAAAUGUGGUGCCUGGAUGGGUGGUGGCACCAUGCUAAUUGUUAUUUGCAAGGAAUCAGAAUGAAAAGGGCAGAUAGUUCAUGGAGAGGGUCCCAUUGUUGGUUAAAGAAAGAAAGGAGCAAAGUCAUACAUGGAUUUAAACUGGAUGCAGAUUUAAUAUUUGAUACAUUGGAGGUCGAAUAGCCAACAUAGAUUCAUGAGAAUAAGUGUAAAGGAUGAGCCAGACUUGGUACUUGCAACUGAGUAUCAGAUGAGCUACAGUUUCGAAGGAAGUCGCAGGAGAAUAAGACUUUUGUUUGAUGAGAUUCAGGUUGAUUUGACAGUAGAUUAGCAAACCAGUUGAUCAGAAAUGAAGAUCACACCAGGGCAAUUUGAUUCUGGGGGCAAAGGCUAAAGGUCAUCCUAGGCAUCCAAAGAGGGUUAAAGGAGUGGUCGAGUGAGUGUAGAACUCUGGUGGCAAAUGGAGGGUCAAGCUUGAGGCAUAUCUAGCAAUCUAUUGAAAUGCUUGGGGGGGGGGGGUAAACUAAUGAGGAAGAUUCAUCUGCAUCUUUUAUUGGUAUUGGUUUAUUACUGUCACUUGUACUGAGGUAUGGUGAAAAACCUGUCCUGCAUAAUGUUCAUACAGAUCAAUUCAUUACACAGUGCAUUGAGGUAGUACAGGGUAAAAACAAUAACAGAAUACACAGUAAAGUGUCACAGCUACAGAGGAAGUGCAGUGCAAGUAGACAAUAAGGUCUACAAGGUAGAUUGUGAGGUCAAGAUUCCAUCUCAUCAUAAGAGGGAACUGUUCAAUAGUCUUAUCACUGUGGGAUAGAAGCUGUCCUUGAGCCUGGUGGAAUAUGCCCUCAGUCCCCUGUAUCUUCUGCCUGACGGGAGAGAGGAGAUGAGAGAAUGUCUCUGGUGGGUGGGGUCUUUGAUUAUGCUGGCUGCUUCAAGGCAGUGAGAGGUAAAGACAGAGUCCACGGAGGGAAGGCUGGUUUCCGUGACGCACUGGGCUGUGUCCACAACUCUCUGCAGUUUCUUGUGGUCCCAGGCAGAGCAGUUGCCAUACCAAGCCAUGAUGCAUCCAGAUAGGAUGCUUUCUAUGGUGCAUUGAUUAAAAAUUAGUGAGUGUCAAAGGGGGAGGGGUGGGUGUAUAAUUUCUUAUCGAAACCAAAAGCAGCACACUAAAUUAAUUUCAAUAUUAACUUGUUUUACAUUUUUCAAAAUGAUCCUUUUCAGAGAGCGUUUAUUCCAGACCUUGAGUGAUCAGGGCUGCCUGUCAAGGGAAUGCAAAUACAUUUGGAGUCAAGAACCAGAUGCCAAAUGAUGUCAGGCAUGAAGGGCCAAUAAAUUCAUGUGCAUCAAGUACUGCUGGUGAAGUACUGAGUAUUAAAUGUUAUGGCACAAAUCUGUGCAAAUAGCAAUAGUCUCCUGGCAAUGUAGUGAUCUUAGAUUGGUCACUCCUCUUUCCCACAAGGUUAGUUUUGAUAAGAUAAUUAACUCCAUUAACGAACCUGGGGUUAGUAAAAAGUUCGGUGUGCAGCCUUCUCAUCAACAUUGUAUCUUGGUUUACAACUAUGGUGUGUGUAAAUUGACAUGGGAAGUUUUUGUCAGAGGCAGUGAUGGAAAGACGAGACUGGUAUUAGGAAAGGUGCCUCAUAAAACCUAAACAGACGUACUUAGGACCUCUGGUUCAUAGUGAUCAACUAAAUCCAUGUUUGGUGUAGAGAAUGCAGUACUUGGGCAGGUUACAGUUUACAAUGGCUUCUUUUUAUAAUUGGGCCCACUGGUUUAAGGCAAGUGCAUAAGUUGAAAAAGCUAUUUUGAUUACGAGGCUUACAGAUUCUUUUUGAAUUUCUGGACUCAGAUGCAGAAACCUGACCCAAGUCUCUGACCUGCACUAGGAUCUCUCUACUACCACAAGAGCUGAGUGCUAGACAGAAACAGUUAUGAGAUUCUCAGCAAUUUUUGCUUUUGUCUUUGAUUUCCAGCAACCUGUGUACUUUGCUUUGUAUAAUUCGAAAUUGGGUUUGAUCAAACAAACUGUCAUGACCAAAGGUCGGUUAACUGGACAUGGCUGGGAUCUGGUAUCAUGUUCUGCACCUCUGUCAUCAGUGGAAGAGAAGGAUAAUUUUGGUCAAAUUGGUUUGGUUUCUGCUUUAGAAACUUGUACUGGACACGCGUAAACAAAACUAACUACUCAUUCAAUCUGUUUACAUGACGUUAUAAUGAAAAGCACGGGUUUGCUUUCCAGAGUCUAAAGCAAAGAAUUCCAGGAAUACGCUGUUGAAACACCAGUACAUAAUAAGCCAUUGACACAGUAAAGUACAACCAUUACGUUUGGUUAAUACUGUAUGGAGCCUCACUAUCGGCUCCAUGUGUAUAUCACUCUGUUUGACAUUCCACUGAAGGCUAUUUCAACACUAUGCAUCAGUGGUUCUAUCAGAAUAAAGCUUUUAAGCGAUGCUUUUUUGGCCCAAGGCAUGUUUCCUGCUGUGUGGUCACCUGGUCUUCACACCAGAUGGCUUUGUGGUCAGUGUGUUUCCCCUGGGAGAGGCUGAUGCCAUUUAGAGUUAUAAUGGGGAAUGAGACACUGUGGACAGCAAGCCAACUUGGGGGCUGAGGGAGCAGGGUGAAAAGAGUUGAUUGUUUUUGGUCAGGGCGUCUUAUAUCAUAAUCCAGCCUCUUCCCUGGAGCAAGAUUGAUUUUUUCAAUGCAUCCGUUCACAGGAUAUGGAUAUUGCAGAUAAGACCUGUCAUAGAGGCAGACGGCACAGAACCAGGCCCUUCAGCCCAACUAGUCCAUGCCGUCCAGUAUGUGCAUCUAAGCUAGUCCCAUUUGUCUGCAUGUGGCCCAUGUCCCUCUAAACCCUUCCUAUCCAUACAUCUGUCCAGGUGCCUUUUAAAUGUUGUUAUGUACCUGCCUCAUGGCAGCUCAUUCCAUAUAGAGACCACCCUCUGUGGUUUUUAAAAAAAAAAUUGCCCCUUGGGUUCCUAUUAAAUCUCUCCCCUCUCAUCUUAAACCUAUGUCCUCUAGUUCUUGAUUCCCCAACCAUGUGAAAAAGACUGUGUGUGCAUUCAUCCUAUCUAUGCCCCUCAUGAUUUUAUAUACCUCUGUAUGAUUACCCCUCAUUCUCCUAUGCUCCAAUGAAAUAAAGAAUGAGCCUGCUCAACCUCUCUCCAUAACUCAGGCCCUCGAGUCCUGAGGGAAAUUCUUUUCUGCACUCUUUCCAGCUUAAUGACAUCUUUCCUAUUGCAGGAUGACCAAAGCCUAACACACAACUCCAAAUACGGCCUCACAAAUGUCUUGUACAAUAACAUAACCUUCCAACUUCUAUACUCAAUGCCCUGACUGAUGAAGGCCAGCGUACCAAAAGCCACCUUCACCUCAGUGUUUACCGUCUACCAUUAUGUUCCCCUGAAUUGUCUCUUGUCUGUUUGUAGAUUAGUUGGUCAAUGACAGUGGAGAGACUGGAGUUACAAAUAGCCUACAGCAGAAUUUAUUCCCUUCCCUAAAGAACAGUGGUGAACGUGAUGAGCUUCAUGAUAAUCCAGUCUUUUUGUGGUCAAGGUUUUUUAUUUAAUCUAAUUGAAUUCAGCAUGCCCAAUUACCAUGGUAAUUGAGUCCACAUCAUUAGACCAAAUCUUUGGUUAUUAAUCAGUGCACUGAGUUGCCACACCCCUAGCUGACAACCAGGUGACUGUCAACAAAAUAGUAAUUAAAUAUUCUGUACAUCUACUCUUCAUUACAAGCAUUUACUGGAGCCUAGAGCUCAGUGAAAUCUAUUUGGGGUCAUUUUGUGCUGCUGUGUGUUUAACACUGUGUUGGCCAUUUGCACAGAUUUUUGCAGAAAAUGUCUUAAAACACACAGACAGAACUGGCCAUUGUCUUUGACAAGAAUAUAUUUACUUAACAAACAGCGACCACCUUCGGUAACAAAAGAAAUGGACCAUUGGUAUCAAUCAAAAAAUUAAAACAACAAACAAUCUGCUGGAGGAACUCAGCGAGUCGAGCAGUAUCAGGCGGCACGGUAGUGUAGUGGUUAGCGUAACGCUGUUACAGCACCAGUGACCCGGGUUCAAUUCCCGCCACUGUCUGUAAGGAGUUUGUACGUUCUCCCUGUGUCUGCGUGAGUUUUCUCCUGGUGCUCUGGUUUCCUCCCACAUUCCAAAGACGUACAGGUUAGGAGCUGUGGGCAUGCUAUGUCGGCACUGGAAGAGCGGCGACACUUGCGGGCUGCCCCCAGCACAUUCUCAGUAACGCAAAAAGAUGCAGUUCACUCUGUGUUUCAAUGUACAUGUGACUAAUAAAUAAAUAUCUUAUAUCUUAUCUUUGAUUCGGUGGGGGAGAGGAAUUGUCGACGUGUUGGGUCAAAUCCUGAAACAUCGACAAUUUCUUGCGCCCCCCCCCACGAAUGCUGCUGAACCUGCUGAGUUCCUCCAGCAGAUUGUUUAUUGCUCCAGAUUCCAGCACCUGCGGUCUCUUGGGUCUCCAGUCGAAAAUAAAAUGUGCAUACUAAUUUUAAUUUUUUUUUGCUAGGUUGUGAAAAAUAUUGUGUGCGUGCAUGCUAUUUAAGGUCACAACCAGCACGUCUUAUGAUGUCGGAAAUGGUUAACCAUGAAGUUAGUUGCUGAAAUAUGGGAGGCCAUUUAACUAACUUUGACAGUGCCAGCUCUUUAAUUAAUCUAUUAACUAACAGGAUGUAGGAGUCACGAGCAAGACCAGCAUUUAUUUCCCAUUUCUAAUCACUGAUGAACUGCAUAGCUCAGGUUGCUUGAGCUAAUGAGUUAGUGGAACCAAGCAAGGAUGGUGGGUUCCCUUCUCUGAACCGCAUUGGUGAUCCAUUUGGUCUUUAAAAAAAAUUAUCAUGAUUACUAACUUAAAUUUAAGUUUGUGCUGGAAUUUGAACUUCAGACCAAUAGGCCAAACCUUUGGUUAGGAUUUAUAUGAACGUUCACAUUCUUACUGUACACCUCCAUCUCACCGUGUAAAAACAUCAUUCAUGCUGCCUUUGGUUCUUUUGCCAAUCACUUUACUUGUUGUUCAACAAUGUAAUCAUUUUCUUUAGAGUCUCUUCAGUGUUUUUAUUUUGCAGUUUAAGAAUGUAACACCUCAGAAAGCCUACAAGAAUAUAGAGACGGUAAGGGCAAAAUUAAAAGAGGAAUUGGGAAAGUAAAGAGAGGACAUGAAGACACACUGGCAGGUAAAAUCAAAUAGAUCAAAGGUCUUUUAUAAAUGUGUAAAGAAAGGACAGAGGAUAACUAGGGAAGGAGUUUAUUCUUGGGGAGCAAAAAGGUGAUCUAUGCAUGGAGGUGGAGGAUGUGGAGACAGUUAUUAAUGAAUACUUUGCAGCUCUCUUUACAAAAGGGAAAUAAUGUCAAUGCAGCUGAGGGAGAUUGAAUGGGAUAAACAUAGUAAAGGAGAAAGUAUUUAGGAGUUUGGUCAUCUCUGACAGUAGAUAAGUUGCCAGGAAAUUGCAAAGGCUCAGGCUGUCAAUUCUUAAGAGGAUUUUGAUGGCUAUGGCAUUCAUUCGAAAGAGAGGAAGGGACAAAUAACAAGUGUAAUUUAAUGUGGAGAAGUAUGGGGAAUGCAUUUGAAGAGUUGCAACGUACAAUAAAUCUGAGGUGUGGAGAACCAGAGGGACCUGGCACAGUGUGUCCACAGAUUGUCAAACAAAGCAAGAUUGGUGGAGAAUAUGGUGCUAGGGACAUGUGGCAUGCUAUCCUUUAGCUGAGGCAUAGAAUACAAGAGCAGGGAGGUUAUUGCUGUGUUCAGUGCUUACGCAGUUGCAUCUUCAAUAUUGUGUCGAUUGAUAGUCACCACAUUACAGGAAUGUUAUUGCAUGAAGAGGUGCAGAGGAAAGUUUUGCAGAAAUGAUUCAGAUUAGUUUAUUGUCGUAUAUACCAGUGUACAGUGAAGUUUCUUGUACACAUGAGGCUCACAAAGUAAACAUGGUAAUGAUAAAUACAACAAUAAAUACACCGGUGUGGCCAGGAUAUGAACAUUUGAGUUAUUAGGAAAAAUUUGAUAGACUGGAGUUUUAGUUCGGAACAGAGAAGAAUGAGAGAGGAAUUAACUCAAGUCUGUACAGUUGUGACAGGCAUCAUUCCUUCUGGUUUGCUAUGAGUGAAGAGGUGCAAAAACCAAGGGAAACAGAUUGAAUGAAAAUCAAAUAUUACUGCAGCUGCUGGAAGCCUGAAAUAAAACCAGAACGUACAGGAAACGCACAGCAGGUUAGGUAUUAUCUACCUGGAGAGAGUGGAACGAGUUGUUUUGGGUAGCAGAAAAGGUGGGAAGGAACAACAAACAAUCUGCUGGAGGAACUCAGCAGGUCGAGCAGCUUCUGUGUGGGGGGGGGGGUGGAAUUGUCAACGUUUCAGGUUGAAACCCUGCUCAGAACUGAAACAUAAAUUAUUCCUUCCAACCCCCCCCCCCCCCCCCCCAGAUUCUGGUCAACCAACUCAGUUCCUGCUGAUUAAGACAAAGCAUACUGAGGAGGUUGGACAAUACAAAACAAAAGGAAAUAAGGUGGCAGGCAAAAAUGGCUAGUUCUCAUUGCAAACAGAAAGGAGUGAGUUAUCUGAAGUUGGAGAAUUUGACAUUUAGUUCUCCAGGUACAAUGUGUCCAGCUGGAAUAUGAAGUCUCACCCCUCAGCCUCUCCUCUUUAUACCAACUGUCUUCCUCUCCUUCCUCGGUCCUGAUGCAGGGUCUUGACCCAAAACAUCGACGAUUCCUUCUCCUUCCCACAGCUGGUGCUUGACCUGCUGAGUUCCUCCAAGUAGUUUGCUUUUUGCUUUGGAAUAUGAGGUGUUGUUCCUCAAGCUUGCAUUGAGCCUCACUGUGGAAUGGGGAAUUAAAAUGGGAGUCAACUGGAAGCCCAAAUAUUGAUUUUAAAGUAAUUGAUUAGGAAGAAGAGAGGGGAGAUGCGGAAAAGUGCUUAUUCAGCCCGACGGUAAUGAGAGUCCAGAGCUCGCUGCCUGAAAACCCCCCAACACAUUUGGAAAAUGCCUGGAUGUAUCCUUAAAGAGCCAUGACCUACAGUGCUACAGAUCAGUUGAUGGAAGGUGGGAUUAGGUUGGGUUUUCUUUCACCACGGAUGGCUGAUCACCAUGUGCCAAGUGAUAGCUGCCUGUACUGUACAUUUUCUCCAAUUUCUGUGGUUCUGAACAUUUUUGUGAGUUACACAUUUGUAUAGCAGGAAGGAGUGCAAAAUUACAAAGUCCACUGGGUAUAAAAGGGAGGAAUGCUUGCUUAUUUAGUACUUGGCAUCCAAAGUACUGCUUUUUAACACAAAAGUAAAAACAAAUGACUGCACAUCUCAGUCCAGGAGUGUAAUAUGGCUGACGUGACCAAAACUGAAGGUCAAAAUUCCACUGGAUUAAUGGCAAGGCUGAAUCUUGGGGUGAAUAUUAUUAAUUAAUGGAAACACAUCUUAGUCGUAGAGAGAUGUAGGACAGAAACAGGCCCUUCAGUCCACUGAGUCCACGCCAAACAACUAGUUCUACAUUAAUCCCAUUUAAUCCUCCCACAUUCUCAUCAACUCCGUCUCACCACUUCCCCUCUUCUCCUUAUACCGGCCAUCUCCCCUCUCAGUCCUGACGCAGGGUUUUGACCCAAAACAUCGACAAUUGCUUCUCCCCCACAGAUGCUGUUCGACUCGCUGAGUUCCUCCAGCAGAUUGCUUGUCGCUCCUGAUUUCAGCGUCUGCGGUCUCUUGUGUCUCCACAAAUUAUUACAUUUACCCUUUCAUGGAGAAAAAUGCCCAGGAUCUAAGAUUAGGACUAAUGACCUUUCAUUCACCAUCUUUUGCUCAGGAACAGAAUUGUUUUCCAGUUGGACGAUAUGUCUGCCUUGUGACAAUUUUGGAUGAAAAAAACAUUGCUGCAAAAUGACAAAAAAAUGUUUCUGUCUUCAUGUAUAAAACGACACACACUAAUCUGGCUUCCUCCUUAGUUCAGUGAAUGCAGUGAGUCAUUGAACUCCUCCAUGUUGACAUGUUGAACUUCUCAGGUUGAGGAGGAUCAUACAAACUGGUCAUGGUGAAGCUGCUUCCUCUUAUCCUGAGGAUGGCAUAGAUUUAUUAGGUCAAUUCCUGGAAAGUGAGCUUUCUAAUGAAGAAAGAUUAAGUAACAUAAUUCUUUCCUCAGGCUGGAGAGUGCAGAACAAGGGUCAUGGUCUGAGUAUCAGGAUUCAUCUUUUCACGUAAAUUGGAGAAACUGAGAUUAGAUUAUACUGCGCUGUUUAAUUCAGCAUGACAGCAUUGAAAACUUGGUUCAAAGCACAAUAACAGCAACUUGAGUCAUUUUGUAUCACACUGGAAAUUUGACCAGACGUCUUCAGCAUAGGUUGCUCUUGCAGAUUUACUGUAAUUUCUGCAAAUGAUGCACACAAAAUUAAAAAGGACAAGGUGAAUGGAAACACCGAUUUCCCUCCUGGUUGCACCAUCCUUCAUAAUCACCGGGUCAAGAUCCUGGGAACUCCCUCCCCAACAGUACUGUGGGAGUGGGAUCAGAAGGACUGCCAGGAUUUGUGUGACUCACCACCACCUUCUCAGAGAUGGGCAAUAGAUACUGGUCUUGCAAGUGUGUCUGUAAAGAAAUUGUUGGCUAUAAUAACCAGAGAAAACUGUAAAGGCAACAUGGUAGCAGGAAUUAAACCGACCCUCUGGCCCUCAUAAUGCACAGUUGUUAUCGAAGACUUGUAUUGGUAAAAGAGACCAAUACUUUCCAAUGAUAGAGACCAGAGCCAAAUGGGCAACCGGCUUCAAGGGAUUAAUUAAGGUAUAGUUUAACAUCCUUUUUAAAUCCCAUCAUUAGCUGUUUCUUGUAAUAAUCAUUAAAUUGCCAUUACUGUCGUAAUAUUCUUUUAGUGAUUUAAUUAAUCAUAUAUUCAUCAAAGAGGCAUCUUCUGGUAUUGUUGGAUUGUAUUG